AUGAUCUACUCUCAGGGCUUUAACUUCAACUCUUACGUCGAGAAAGGGGUUGACCCUCGCACCGGCCAAUACAACUGCACCAUUUCUCUCUACGAGGUGCCGGCUGGGGUUCGCAACUGCCCGCCUCUCAAGCUAUCUCUCCAUUAUAACCCCUUGAACGGCGACGAUGUAGGCCUGGGCCAGGGUUGGUCGUUUGGCAACCUCUCCUCCUACGAUCAAGGAUCCAAGACUCUAGUUUUGUCCACCGGGGAGAACUACAAAGUUCAGGAGACCACCAGCUCGGUGUUCCCGGCGGACCAGAAGCUCAAGAGCUUCGUGUUUCAGAAAAAGAGUACCACGAGCUACCGCGUCACCCUCAAGUCAGGCCAGGUGGAAGUGCUCUCGAAAUACAGUUGGUCUACUUCCGACUUGCAAGUCCUGCUCGAGGUCUCCUACGGCACGUAUACCACCAUCACCCUGGCUCCGGGAACCGCCGAGGCCGCAACCUUCACACUGCGGAAGAACAACAAUCAGCUGACGGAGCUUCGGCUGCCACUGGAUGGUUCGCCAGCGUGGAAGUUCACGUAUGGUACCGGGGGACUGGUCAGCGUUAUCAGCCCGACAGGUGCAAGAGAAGACAUCUCCUACAAGGCAGCGGGCUUCCUGCUACCGAGUGGUGCUCCAGUCAAUUCUAUCCCCUACGUCAUCUCCCAUACGGUACGGCCACUCCAUGACCAGCCUGCGAUUCGGACUACGUACAGCUACUCGGACCGUAACUUCCUUGGCUAUGGCGGAGGCCGCAACUGGACCAACGACGGGGACAACCUCUACCUGACACCAGCUGACUACGAAUACACCUCAACUAGUCAGGUGGAGGGCGGCACCACUACCAAGCAUACCUAUAAUAAAUUCCAUCUGUUGGUCAGCAAGCAACAGCAGAAGGGAACCAAGCAGGUCACACAGGCUACCACCUACUAUGCCUUGAGCAAUACCGCCUUUGAUGGUCAACCCGCUCAAUACCAACUGCCCAAAACCCAGACCACCACCUACCGGGACACCUCUACCGGGACCGCGCGUACGGAGACAACCCAAUCCACCUAUGAUGACUGGGGCAACCAAACCAGUGAAGUUCCCCCAAGUGGCAUCACGACCACCCGCGAUUACUACGACCCCGCUGGUGAGGUGGUGUCGGGCCAGGUGCUUUGCCCGCCCGAUCCCCAUGGGUUUCAGCGCUAUCUCAAACGGGAGACCGUGGUCCCCGCAACCAGCAACUUUUCAACACCAACUCGAGCACAUAGCUAUACAUAUCUCCAGCUCCCAACGACCACCGAUGCCCUGACAGAUUACUGUGUGGCCGUCCAGCAGCGGCAGCUGACCGAGGAGGGUCGGACGCUCUCCAGCUCGGAUUACACCUACGUGAACCAACCCCAGUCCACAGACCAUGGGCGAGUGCAGCAACAAGUCACGCGCUUGCUUGAUCAGAGCUCCACUACGUACAAGUGGACCUACAACCAUGACAGUUCUUUAAAAUUGAGAAAGACCACCAUCAUGACGAGCUAUGAUGGUCAGACCACUCAGGAGGAGACCACAUCCUCCCUGGUAUCCGGACUGACCCUCGCCACCAAGGACCGGGCAGGGACCGAGACCAUGCAGCAGUACGACUCGAUGGCUCGAUUGCUCCAGACCACUACCGCCCCCGGCACGGCCUUCGAGGCUACAACAGAACAUGCAUAUGCGGUUCUUGAGGACACCGCGGGAUGGCGCGUCACGGUGACGGACACCAAGGGGGUACAAACACGGUACUUCACUGAUGGGUUGGAUCGUGUGGUUCGGGUGGAGUCCCAAGACGAUGAUGGCCAGUGGGAUCAAUAUAAUGCCUACACCGGAACAUUCCGGGUCGUGCGGGAGCGCCGCUACAACGCCCUCGAUCAGUGUAUCGAGGAGACGGAGAUUGACUGGCUGCGAGCCAAUGGGACCGCCACCACGGAGCUGAGGAUAACGCGCUCCCUGGAGUACGAUGAUUGGGGUCAGGUCUAUAAGGUUACCAAGAACAGCGGCUCUGUGCAGCUUUCCGUGACCGACCCCAUUGCCUUGACCCAGACGGUGGGCUUCGAGGGUGAAGGCCAGACCCGGGUCCAAUACAACACGUUCAUGACCCCGACGUCCGAAGCCCUGGUCCGGCGCAACGGAACCGUCGAGAGCACGGUGGAAUAUGCCUAUGAUGGUCUUGGACGCCGCAGGCAGAUGACAGAUGGCUUGGGCCGUUCUACGCAGUAUACCUACGACAGUUUCGAUCGGAUAAUUCAGACCACCUGGCCCGAUAGUCACUCUAUUACCACCCAGUAUGCUGCCCAAAGUACUGCAGCCCUGCCCGUGGCCAUCAAUCUUCAGGGUACCACAGACUUUAGUGAGCAAUCAUUUGAUGGCUUGGAGCGGCUGCUCCGGACCACUGUCGGUGGGCGCACUACCAGCAGCGCUUAUCAAGGCGUCCAGCCUGUCCCAGCCCAAGUCACUGAUCCUAAGGGAGAGCGAACCCAACGCACGUACGAGCCGGCGUUGGAUUAUGCACUGACAGGCCGGGUAACCAGCGACGGUACCGACGCCUACCAGUAUAACAAGCAAACCGGGGAUGUCUUGCAGCUGGACAGUCCGCUUGUCGCCGCCAACCUCAGCUACUACCCCUCCAGCUUGGUGUCCCAGGAGACUGUUGAAGUCGCGGACGGGGCACGCACUGUGCAGUACGUAUACUCGCAAGCAGGUAAGCUACAAGAGUACACUGAUAUCAACGGGCAACAACAUGUGACUCAGUACGAUGCGUAUGGUCGGCGGCGGGAGAUCCGUGUAGGAACACUCAAGACUACACUGAGCUAUGAUAAGGCAGACCGCGUUGUCACGACUGUGGCCCAGGAUAGUAGCACAAGCGUGACUCUGACAACGAACAUUGAAUACGAUGAAUUUGGCCGGGAGAUCCAGCGGACGAUCUGGAACGGGACAAAGAAGUUAUCCCAGUGCACCCAGGCUUACGAUGCCACAGGGCUAGUGACUACACGCCAACGAAGCGAUGGUGAUGGCACUGUGACGCGGCAGGAAACCUUCCAGUACGACAGCCUGAGUCGGUUGGUGGACUACGAAUGCCAGGGCACACAGCCUCCAGUCGAUGAGAAAGGACGUUCCCUGCGCCGGCAACGAUUUACGCUUAAUGGCUAUGAUGGCUUCACCCAAAUUCAAACCUCGUUUGUGGAUGGCAGUGAGAACACCCAGAGCUAUACAUACAGCGCCCAAGACCCGACGCAACUUGUCCGGAUCACCAACACCCACCCUGACGAGGCGACGGUGAUUGACCUCAAGUACGAUGCGAACGGCUGCUUAACAAAAGACGAGCAUGGCCGGACACUGGUAUACAACGCGUCACAUCGCCUGGCCGCCGUUUAUGAUGACCAGAACCACCUCCUCUGCGAGUACGCAUAUGAUGCGACGGACCGGCUCGUUCGUCAGAGGAUCCCUAAUGAACCCGAUACUCAGUUCUCUUACCGCGGAGACGCCCUGGUAGCUAUUACCAAAGGAGAACGUCAGACUAGCUUCGUCUCGGACGGCGGGGUGUACUCGGGCGAAGUCCAGAAGCAGGGAAGCAAGGUGAACAUCCAACUCUGGGGUUCUGACGCCCAGCACUCGGUCUCCACCUGGCUGGAGACGCAGGAUCCGGAGCGGAUUCACGACCAGCCGUACACGCCUUAUGGUUUCAGCCACGGUAGUGGGGGUGCGGCCAUUGGCUUCAACGGAGAAUGGCGGGAUCCAGUCACCGGGUGGUACCAUCUGGGGUCGGGAAACCGGGUGUACAAUCCGAGUCUGAAGAGCUUUCUCCAGCCGGACCCAUGGAGCCCCUUCACCUCCGGGGAAAUCAACCCGUACGCCUACUGCUUGGCGAAUCCUAUCAACCGCGUCGAUCCGAGUGGCCAUUGGAGCUGGCGCGCCUUCGCCCAGUGGUCAGUGGGCCUGGCCGUCGGACUCGUGACCGCAGGAACCGGAGUCGCGGUGGGAUUAGCCGCCAGCGUGGCCAUUGGACUCUUCGUCAAUGUGAUCGUCGGCGUUAUCUAUGACACGGCCACGGGGACCACCCCAACAUACCGCAGUCUUGCCAUGGAUGCCUUUACGGGGGCCAUUGGCGGUUUUGUCGGCGGGAACGUUGGCAUGAAUGUACCGGCGUCGUGGGGGGCUAAUCCAGUGAGCGCCAUUGCCACGGAAAUAGCUUUGACCCUCACAUUGGACGCCAUCGUCCCUGAUCCCACCAGCUCUCUCAGUUCUAUGUCUGAUAACUCCUUCUCCGCUGCUAGUUUGGCUUCUGGGGGCUCCACGGCGAAUGAUUCUGCGACUACCAUCCCAGGCCGCAUUCCAGACUGGCCCAUGGAGAAACUUCGACAGCGGGGAAGCGCGACCAAGAAACAGUCACAAGUUCAGCAGCAGCAGCAGCUCCGAACGGAAACGGGAAGUGACACGGGCACCUGGAUUGCGCGAGCUACUUCCCGUGAGACAGUCACGACAGAGGACAUCAGCUUGAAUUCCUUCGGAGGCAGCUUCGAUGGAUCGCAAUUCACCCUCCAGCUGAGUCCGGAUCACCGGGUGUCAUUCAAUAUGGAUGCAAAGGCGGUGCAAGUGCCGAUUUGGGAUGGUUCGGGAUCUUUGUUGAGCGCGGUAGCCACUUUAGGUCGACUGUAG